GGGAGAGUUUUGUUUCGCAGUCGAUGGAGGUCAAAGUUGGCCCAAUUAUCAAGGUUUCAAUCAACGACAAUCAGACUGAGAGGAACAGCAUUGUCCUUCUCAAAGAGACAGAAAAUACAGUCAAGCAGCUAAAGUCUACAGACAAACCAAAACAGGAAAAACUCACAGCCAAGGAACUGCAACCUACAGCCAAACCAAAAGAGAUGACAAAACCAACAGCCAAACACAAUGUGACGGUACAGACAAACUCCACACCCAAAACACAACAGACAAACCAUACACCCAAAACACUACAGACAAACCAUACACCCAAAACACUACAGACAAAACGUACAGCCAAACCAGCAGUGCCAAAACACACAAUGAAGCUGACACUGACCACCAAGAGUAUCAAGACAAAGACAGGGAAACAUCAAAAGAAAGACAAAAUAAAUGAGAGGAAAGGUAAACCUCUAAAAAAGGACAACAAAACCAAAGAGACAAAACAGGAGAAGAAGGAGGGCACAAAUCCUGCAUAUUUCCCCUACUUCAAAGACAACUACUGUCCCCCGGAGUGUGCCUGCUAUGGACGAGUGGUCCAGUGUUCCGACAAGGGGCUGGAGAAGGUUCCGUACGGCAUCCCUUAUAACUCCCGCUACGUCCUCCUGAUGAACAACCACAUCGACAACAUUCAACUGGACCUGCUCAAUGAGUACCUGUCCAUGGAGUUCCUGGUGCUCAGCAACAACCGGCUGACAGACGGCUCCAUCGAGGGGGCCUUCGAGGGCAUCCCGGCCCUGAGGCGGCUCUACCUGGACCGGAACCUACUGGAGAGCGUGCCCACAGACCUGCCCGCCUCCCUGGAAGAGCUGCGUCUGGAUAACAACCGGCUUAAUGUGAUGUCGGAGGGAGCCUGGGCCAACUGCCCCGGCCUGCUGGUCCUCAGCCUGAGCAACAACAGCCUGGGGAAUGGGAAUGAUACUCUCCCCGCCAGUGUGCUCUCACCUCUGGGCAGCCUGCGCACCCUCAGCCUGGACCGCAACCGGCUGGCCUCGGUGCCUCUUGACUUACCUCUAUCUAUCAGGGAGUUGUACCUCCGUGGCAACCUUAUCCAGCAGUUUCCAGGGGAGGCCUUCGUGGGCACCUCGGAGCUGGUGAUUCUGGAUUUGAGCGCUAACCGGCUAACCAACCAUGGCCUUCUCAGGGAGUCCCUCGUCAACGCCACCCACCUGGAGAGCCUCAACUUAGAGGGCAACCAGCUCAAGAAGGUACCCCGCCACCUCCCCUCUUCCCUCAAAACCCUCAACCUGGAGGGCAACCUCAUCUCCUCCGUGGGCAAAGCCUCCUUCCUCCACCUCCCCCACCUGGAGCACCUGGGCCUGGCCAGGAACAAGAUAGCCAGGGUGGCCUCGGGGGCCUUCAGGGCGCUGCCCGUCCUACACCAGCUGGACCUGUGUCACAAUGCCCUGAGCCAGGUGCCCAGGAAGCUGCCCCGGGGGCUACACUCAGUGGCACUCACACACAACAAGAUCCACUCAGUGCCCCGCGACGCCUUCUGCUGGGGGGGUUCAGACCCCGGCCUCAGCAGCCUGGUGCUGGUGCAGCUGGAGCACAACCUCAUAGACCUGGGCCACCUGGACGCAAAAGCCUUCCACUGCCUCAGAGGCUUCCAGAUGGUACACUUCUACUGAGCUGCAGUCUAUAGAAUCCUGCAGGACAGUCAUACUGAAAGUAUAGAUUAUAGACAAUCCCACAACUGAAACCAAUUGCAGGGUUUUUUCUGCUCAACCUGAAAGUCCGUUGGGCUCUAAAAUGGCGGUAAAAUGUUCUGCAAUACACAGAGAAACAAACAUCAUGUCGGGAGCUGAUUUUGAUUCAACAUUACAAGAUAACAAUGCAAGAUGGCCAGUUGAGUGAACUUGGAUCUCCAUGUGGAUAGCUAUACUGUACUGUAUGUCGUUGCUUGGGUAAAGCUGUGAUUGAUGGAAGCCGUGGUGUUCAGAGAAAAUAUUCCCAUGAAGUCUGUGUUGAAAGACUAUGGCCUACUUAAAGGUCAAUGAUGCCAUGUACAGUUGAAGUUUACAUACACCUUAGACAAAUUCAUUUAAACUCAGUUUUUCACAAUUCAUGACAU